AUGUGUAACAAAGCUCUGUAUAAUUUGGGCUACACCGUGAACACUUUAUCCAUAGCAUCACUGUUGUUUUUAACGGUUAUGUCUGCUUCUGCUUACUGGCCUGCUCUUGUUGGUAACCAUGUUAUUCUUUAUCUACGAGGUUAUGCACCGCCAACAAGAGACCUUGUCUGCCUUUCUCAUAAAGCGGCAAUGUUUCUCUUCUACAUUGUGUUCACCAUAUUUUCCGAUGAAGCAGUGUCCGGAAAGGGAUGCAGCGUGUUUGCUUCGAUAGCAUAU